AUGAAACUGAUUGUAGCUUGUUUGGCUUUGGCCAUUGCUGCCGCCACGGCGGCACCCACCGAGACUGUAGUGCAUCCCAAGGAUCUGUCAAAACCCAACAAGAUCGAGGGUCGUAUUACCAACGGAUAUCCAGCAUAUGAGGGCAAAGCACCUUACACUGUUGGCUUGAGCAUUAAUAUUCCCGGUGGUACUACCUGGUGCGGUGGCUCCAUCAUUGGACACACCUGGGUCCUGACUGCCGAGCACUGCACCAGCAACGCUGAGGCCGUGGGCGUUCACUUCGGUGCCACGUGGCGUACCAACUCCAUAUUCACCCACUGGGUUGGCCGCAACGAUAUCAUCAAUCACCAUGACGCCGAUAUUGCUUUGAUCCGCACUCCUCAUGUGGACUUCUGGGAUUUGGUCAACAAAGUGGAGCUGCCCAGCUACAACGAGCGCUACAACGAUUUCAAUGAACACUGGGCCGUUACUUGCGGCUGGGGACGUACAUAUGAUAACAGCGACUUGCCCGACUGGAUGCAGUGCGUCGACCUGCAGAUCAUGCACAACUCCGAAUGCCAGCAGACUUACGGCUCUUCCGUAGUAGGAGACAACAUCAUCUGUGUAAGAACUCCGGGCGGCAAAUCCACCUGCGGUGGUGACUCCGGUGGUCCAUUGGUUACACACGACAGCAACAAAUUGGUCGGUGUUACCAACUUUGGCACUACCUCGUGCACAUCUGGUGCUCCAGUUGGCUUCCAGCGUGUCACCUACCACUUGGACUGGAUCCGUGACCACACUGGCAUCGCUUACUAAUAGAUUUAGCUUGAAAUAUAAAAUAAAA